AUGGGGCGUGGUGGUUGUGAAGGAGGAAGCGCGGUGCUUUGUUGUGGCGCCACCGGCAUGGCGACGAGCGGUGGGGGAAUCGGUGGCCUUGCUGGUGGGCCAGGCGUCGUGCAGCGUGCGUUCCAGGGCUACGGCCGGUUGUGCGCCUGCAGGCCGUGGGAAGUGGUGAGCGGCACGGCCACUCUGGUCAUUUGCGUGCUCAGCAUGUACCAGCACCCGUUGUUGACGACGACGGUAGUGGAUCUCGACCCAUUUGGCGAAAAGGGAGAAUUUGCCGGUGCCGGGGUGCUGGGGAUGACGGUGUUGAGGUGUGCCUCUGUUUUGUACUGCUACCGCCAAGUCCGGCAGGUGGGGAAGAUGGGAUCUCGUUACGUGCCGGCCAUCGCCGCCGUGUUUGCCGUCUACUGCUCUGUGCUCUUGUGUUCCGUCUUGGUCCAUUGUUUGCGAGUGGAUCUCAGUGAUCUCAGGGAUGCCCUGUUUGUGUUCGCCUUCCUCGUGGACCCCGGGCGGGCCGGCGUGCUGGCCCAGUACGCGCUGGCUGCCAGGUCCGCACCCCAAGUCCGUAGCCGGAUAGCCGCGGGCAUGGGGCUCUUGGGCCCCACACUCACACUGGACGCUGCAGUCGAAGUCCUCGUCAUUGGCGUGGGAACAUUGUCGGGAGUGCGCAAGCUGGAGUUGCUGUGCUACUUUGCGUGCGUGUCCGUCGUGAUCCGGUUCCUCGUCUUCCUCACGCUCUUCCCGGCCCUCUUGUCGCUCUUUCUCGAAUUGUCCCAGUGCCACGAGUGUCCGACGAAAGAGCAGUUGGGGAACCUGCGGAAGUUGUUGUCGGAAGCGAAUGCGAACCCAGUCGUGGGCCGACUCAAGGUCAUCAUGGCCCUGGGACUGUCUCUGGUCCACGUUCGAAGUCGUUUGAUGGGCGGUGGGAAGUGGAGCAUUGGGUCGGCGUUGCCCGUGGGCGUCCUGAUGCCGAAUCCUGCGACGAUGGAGGCGGCGGACCAUCAGCAGUUGUCGCGGAUGCUGUUGCGGUGGGUGAGCGGGAACGCGGAGCAACUGGUGCUAGGGACUCUGUUCGUGGCGCUGGUGGUCAAGUCGCUGUUGGGCAAAGAGUCGGAGGACGAGUUGCAUCGCGCUCUGCUCGAGGAGACGUCGUCUUCGUUGAAGAAAGAGAAGGAGGAGGAGCAGGAGGAGGGUGAGGGUAGUGUGUGGGUCUUGCGGCCAUGUCCGUCCGUUCCGUCCGUCCGCCGACAGGAGUUGCGAGUGCGAAAGGCAGAUUCUGCGCCCGACAUGUCGCUCGCCUGUUUUGUGUCGAGGAAUCGGUCUGGCACGCCGAAACAACAAGUACAACACCGUAUCAAUGAUCGGACCAAGACCGUGUCAGUUGGAGUUGAAGGUGGUGAUGGUGGUCUUGCUCCACUCUUUCAACUGUAUACUGUGCAGUAUAGUAAUUGGGGACUGACUGACUGUCCCACUCUUUUGUUUGGCAAUGAAAACAGAUUGGACAAGAGUCUGGUGACGACCACGAGUUGUUGUAGUAGUAGUAGUAGUAGUAGUAGUAACAACGUGGGACAAGAGGAGUUGAAGGCGGCGACAACGACGACGAGGAGUGCCGCCAGCAUCCGUCCACUCAAGUACUUGCUGCAGUUGCUGGAGGGCGACGACGAGGGGCCCGCGGGUCUGACGGACGCGGAAGUGCUGGACCUGGUGUCCCGGGGCCACGUGGUGCCGCACCAGCUGGAAAGCGCCUUGGGCGACUUUGAGCGAGCCGUGCGUCUCAGACGUCGCAUCUACGCGCUCAAGGCGGAUGGUGGGCGUGGGAAGGCGUUUGCACGGGCCCUGGACAUGGUGCCUUACACGGGCUAUAGCUACGAAAGAGUCAAGGACGCGUGUUGCGAAAACGUCGUGGGCUAUGUCGGACUGCCCGUGGGCCUCGUUGGCCCGCUGCUGGUGGACGGAGAGCCCGUGUAUGUGCCCAUGGCCACGACGGAGGGCUGUCUGGUGGCCAGCACGAGUCGCGGAGCCGCUGUUAUUCGGACAGCCGCCGCGUUGGCUGCGGCUGCUGCUGCUACUGCUGGUGGUGGUGGUAGUGAGGAGAUUGCGGGACCCGACGGAAGAGCCGGUGUGAGCACCGUCGUCCUUGGCGACGGCAUGACUCGUGGGCCCGUCGUGCGGUUCCCGUCUGCGCUGCAAGCGGGCGAGUGCCAGCACUACCUGGAGACGGAGGCAGGCCUGCACGUGAUGCAGCAGGCAUUUGACGCCACGUCCAACUUUGCCAAGUUGCGCAAGAUCCAGUGCCGAGUGUCGGGCAGGUACUUGUUUCUCCGCUUCGUCGCCACGACGGGUGAUGCCAUGGGCAUGAACAUGGUGUCCAAGGGCUGCGACAAGGCCCUCGGCGUCCUGGCUGCCCACUACCCGCUCAUGGAGAUCCUGAGUUUGAGCGGCAACUACUGUGCGGACAAGAAGAGUGCGGCGGUGAAUUGGGUCCAGGGCCGGGGACGGUCGGUGGUGUGCGAGGCGCGGAUCCCGGGCUCGGUCGUGGCCAAGGUCCUCAAGACGGACGUGGACUCGUUGGUGGAGUUGAAUGUGGCCAAGAACCUCGUGGGCUCGGCCGUGGCUGGCUCCAUUGGCGGCUUCAACGCGCACGCGGCCAACAUUGUGGCGGCCAUUUUCAUUGCGUGCGGCCAGGACCCGGCCCAGGUGGUGGCCAGUGCGAGUUGCAUGACGCUGAUGGAGCGGUACGGCGACGAGGGCGACUUGUACGUGUCCGUGACGAUGCCGUCGCUCGAGUUGGGCACGGUGGGCGGCGGGACGGUGUUGCCGGCGCAACAGGCGUGUCUGUCGCUGUUGGGCGUGAGCGGGGCCUCGGCCACGGUGCCCGGAGCGAAUGCGCAGAAGCUGGCGCGGAUCGUGGGCGCCACGGUGUUGGCGGGCGAGUUGUCGCUCAUGGGGGCCCUGGCAGCUGGCGAGUUGGUGCGUUCGCACCUCAAACACAAUAGUCUCAUCCGACAACAACAACAACAACAGCAGCAGCAGGUGCGACUGACACACACGCACUUGACCGUGUGGGAUAGUCGAAUUUGUUGCAUCAUCUUGAGGGAACAAAGGGGGGAGGAGGAGGAGGAGGAAGAAGUUGGGAAGGCCCGAGAGCAACUCUGA